ACAUGUUUCGCAAUUACAUCUUGUUGUUUGGUAUUCAUGUUUAUAUGCAAUUUAAUGGGACAGCAAAUUAUAGAUCAUAAUAAUUAUAUAUUUGUCACUGCAUACAAAGUUCAAUGGUACGUAACUCCUUUACCCACACAAAAGCUAAUACUGAUCCUACUGCAAAGAGGUAGUAAAAGUUUUGGCCUGAGAAUCGGUAAAUUGUUUGUAGCGUCCUUAGAAUCUUUUUCAAUGUUAAUGAAAGCAUCCGUUUCUUACUUUACUGUUAUGUAUUCAAUGCGAUAA